AAAAUUCGACCAAUCAAAGCAAAUUUCACUAAGAGCUGAGUUGGACAAUUUUUCAUUUCCCUGGGACUCGCUAGCGACAUCUGUUGUUCCUAACAAAAAAAAACAAAGUUGUACGACCGUGGCGCUCCAAGAGGAGGAGGAGGGAAGCGUAAUCGGUUUUCCCUCGAAGGUUAUCUCCAAGAUCCGUGCUCGUCGAAACGAAACCGCUUGACAAUCAGUCCGUUAGCAGCCGUGGUAAUUGUUGGUUGGUCGGUCGGUCGGUCGAUCAGUCGCUCGUUUCAUACGUGUCAUCGUGGGAAUUUAUUAGCUCAUCACACACGUACGUACGCGCGCGAGCGCGCGCGUACGCCUAUCGCAGCAGACGCGAGUCAGCAGAGCUUCCUCCUCCGUUUAUACCCCGAGUCGCCGCACGCGAGUGCCGCCCAUCACCAGGGUAUGUCGUCGCGGAGCCGUGCAAUACGGUGAGGAUGUUGCCGCCGCUGGCCGACCGAGAUCAUUCGCCGACAACCAGAUGAAGAUGGAAGAUGACGCUGACCUCAGGGAACAGUUGUUUCACAACACCGUGCGCGAGAACAUAAUAUACCUGCUGCUUUUCUUGCUACUAUACAUCUCGAGCUACGCGCUGAUCGCGCGUUUUAGACGCCGGGAUCGCGAGGACUACCUGUCGGUGGACGAGGAUGAGGCCACCGUAUACAGGAUCAGCCUCUGGCUGUGCACGGGCGCCCUGGCGAUUUCUGUCGGCGCGACCCUCUUACUUCCAGUGUCUAUCGCCAGUAACGAGGUUCUCAUCCUGUACCCGAACAGCUACUACGUCAAGUGGCUCAACAGCUCCCUUAUUCAAGGUCUAUGGAACCAUGUGUUCCUAUUCUCAAACUUAUCGCUGUUCGUGUUUUUGCCUUUCGCCUAUCUCUUCACGGAGUCGGAGGGUUUCGAGGGCCAUAAAAAGGGCGUGAUGGCAAGGGUGUACGAGACGGUGACGGUUCUCUGUCUCUUGGGUACUCUCGUACUGGGAAUGACCUAUGUCCUGUCGGCCCUAUUGGAUUAUCAAAACUCAAGUUUGCAUACGUUGCUCAAUUUAUGGAGUUAUUAUUUGCCUUUUUUAUACUCCUGCGUCUCAUUCGUCGGGGUAGUAAUGUUAUUACUAUGCACACCAGUGGGAUUCGUACGACUGUUCGACGUGGUGGGGUCGUUUCUUGUUAAACCCCAAUUUCUGAAGAAUUUGGACGAGGAGUUCUUCGCGUACAGAUUAGAGGAAGAUUGUAUUCGUAGGAGAUUGCAGCAUGUAAAAGCUACAGGGAAAUCAUACGUAUCGCCGGUGCCGAUGUCACCGGCGGCGAGCUGCGGCUGGCCGACGCAUGAAGACGACGAGCCGUUACUAUGUAUAAGUCCGAGUCUUCUGUGCCUAAGGAAUGGCGCUCUGCAGAAGGGCCUUUCUCAACGAUUGGACGAUGUUCAAAAGCGGCGACAGUUGCUGGAUCAACAGCGGAGGACCUGGUGGGUCCGGCGCACGCUACUUUACCCAGUGGCAAUGUUGGCGCUGCUCAUUCUGUCCACUGCCACAGCUCUAUUAGCGGUGCAAAAUACUAUAGAAUUGCUGAUAGGCAUCAAGGCGUUACCCUUGAGUACGAGGCAAUUCACGCUCGGUAUCAGUUCCCUGUCUAAGCUCGGGCCUGUUGGUGCAGCCAUCGAGGUGGCGGUGAUCCUUUAUCUAGCCGUGACUAGCGCAAUCGGCUUAUAUGCCUUACCAGGUGUGAGAAUCGUCCAACCGAGAUUUCGCUCCACACCGCUCACCCAUCUCAUCGCGAAUUGCGCCCUUUUGCUCGUGCUAAGUUCAGCGUUACCAUUAUUAUCACGAAUAUUAGGAAUGACAAACUUUGAUCUGCUGGGUGACUUCGGACGCAUCGAGUGGCUUGGUAACUUUAAGCUCGUGCUCCUCUAUAAUCUGAUUUUCGCGACAGCGGCGAUCAGCUGCUUGACCACAAAGUUCACGGCGACCGUGCGUAAAGAAAUCUAUGCACGUCUGAGGAGCAGCCUACUCGGCAUCUUCAGGACUCCCAGCGUCACCGCCGACGCGAAGAGAUAUUCAUCGUCGUCAGGAAUGUUUUCUAUGAAGGAAGAUUAGACUGAUUUGUUAUAUUAUUAUAUAAUUAAUAUAAACAGAGAGAGAAAAGAGACGUCGGGACCUUGCGAAAGUUUGCCUGGUUUUUAUGAUUCUUGUAUAUCAAAAUUACAAGGAGCUUUUCAAGUUUCUCGAAGACGUGAGAAAUUUAUAUCGCACGACGCAUAGUAGGAAAGCGGUUGCAGAGUUCGAAUUUACGGAUCUUUGGAGGUGCCAAUCCUUCGAUACUCUUCAACUCUUCGACUUAGUCUGGAUUAUUAAACUCUCAUGUGCUCGAGUAGUCACGUUGAAGUUCUCUAUAUUUUCGUAUUACAAAACUUUUUAAUUCUUCUUUGAAAACUUUUAAUUUUUUUAUAAUUUAUGAAAAUCUAAAUUAAAUAUAUGACAAUAUAUUUAAACAAAGGUGUCUUGCUUCGUGCCUGAGAAAUUGACUUUUCUAAGGAUCUAAAUAUCGAUUACGUUGAAAUCACGACGACCUAAACGUAAUCUCGAGAUACCCUUUUCUAGUUUAAGAUUCAGGCACUUUUAGUCGCGCGCAUUUUAAUUUUCGAAAAUCGAAAAUUGUCGCACUGAAGCCAACGAAACUUUCGUGAGAGCCUAAAAGUUUAUCGCUUAGAUGUGAGCGAACGCUAGUGAUUAUUUGUAAUUAAGGCGCGAGGCCAGUUAAGGACAUAGUCCGGUAAGGACAAUACAAGGCGGUCGCAUCCAUAAUACGUAGCGUUAAAUAUUUAUUUAUUAACCAUCAACAUAUUUUUAAGAAUACAUACAGCAAUUGAGUGAAUAUAUGUAUGUACUAUCGUUAUCGAGUGUUAAUUUAUAGCAGUUGUAAACAAUCAAUUCAAGGAGGAUAUGAUUCGUUUUGCAUAAAACGGCCCAUAGAUGCUCAAUGUUAUUGUUUAAAAAGCUAUAUUGACAAUUAUUGUGUACAAUAUAUUAUGUCGAUCAAAUUUGAUAUUGCGCAAUAUUAUUAAUCAUCUGGACAUGAUAUUGAGCGCUUGUACAAUAUGUUGUUUAAUUUGUUGCCAUUAAAUCUUAAUUUGCUCAAUGAUCAAACAUUGAUACUCAUUUCCAGAGUAAACUUACAUAUAACUAUCAUUCCAUAAAUUAAUAUUAUGACGAUCUAUUAAAAUUAGUUAAAAAUGAGUGUCAAUCAUUAUAAAUUGGCAAUUGGAAAUAUAUUGUACAAGAAUACUCAUACACAUACGCACACAGUCCAAUAUUUGUUUAUAAAACUGCACAAUAUGUUUCAAAGAAUCUUUAGACCUGUUCUUUUUCGCUGCACUGCUGCACUGGUGUAAUAAGUUAAAAUGAAAAAAAUAUAUAUUUGUCUUACUCUAACCUGUUGCACCAGUACAGCAGUACAGCAAAAAAGAACAAACCAUUUGACUGACACAAUAUAUUGCACAAAUCCCCAGUAUAAGAUGAUCAAUAAUUAUGCAAUAUCAAAUAUUGUACAAUAAAAUUGAUUAUCUAAAAACUUUAUGUUGAAUUUUAAAAAAUUAUACGAUACUAUUGUACAAUAUUAUUCGUUAGAACAUUGUACAAUAUUCUUUAGAAUUCGACAUUUUUUAGAAUAAUAAUGAGUGUCUAAGGACCAC